UGGGUACUUCUCCGGUAAAUAUAAAUAAAGACAGACAAUUUUCGGUUUAUCAUAUGCUUAGCAACGAAGUUCAAGAAGUAAAAACCUUCUGUAUUUCGCAACUUGCAUGCAUGCUGUAUUCAGUCUGCCAACGACGCUUUUGGCAUGCUUGCAUUUUUAGGUGUAGUUACUCCACGUCCUGUCCUGUGAUAAAAUGUCACAAGAGCUUCUGGACUUCUGCUCUGGUGGCCUCUGCCAGUCCAUUUCAGCCAGUUCUGCCACCAGUGAUGGGUUUGAAGCAGAGAACCUCCUGUCUCCUGCUAGCAGAGGAUUUCUGGCUGCGGGCUUUGUGCGGCCGCCCGUGACACUCACGCUCGAGUUCUGCUGCCCCGUAGAACUGCGCCAGGUGCGGAUAUGUCUGAGGCUGAGUCAGCAGCACACUACCAGUGUCCAGCUGCUGGUGGCCGGCCCGGGCAGUGACGACUGGCAGCCAGCCGGCUCUCUCUGGGAGCAGCAUGGCCAGCCGCCACCCGACGAGGUGUCGUUUGUGAACGGCGCGGCGUGCGGCGGCCGCGGCGGCUCCGGGCCGCCCCCUGCCGCGCUGCGCCUGCCGCUCAGAUGUCGGGACCGCGCAGCGCUCAGGCGCGUGGCGCGCCUCAGGGUGAGGCUGACCCGCGCGCGCGGCCCCAGCGCGCUCUGUCUGAGCAGUCUGCGCGUGUGGGCGGUGGCCGCGGAGCCGAGCCACCCGGCGCUGAGAGCCGCGCUAAGCCAGCGGGCGGCCGCGGCGGCAGCCAGCACUCCCAGUCAGCCGGCACCGGCGGCCUCACCACAGUCUGGCGAGCAGCGACUGGCGCGGGAGCGGGAGAGCCGCGCGGCGGCGGCCCGCGCGGCCGUGGAGCGCACCGGCCCGACUCCGCCGGAGGAGUUCGUCGACCCCAUCACGUGCGAGGUGAUGGUGCUGCCGAUGGUGCUUCCCUCUGGUCAGACGGUGGACCGCAGCACGCUGGAGCGCCACGAGCGCGCCGAGGCCGGCUGGGGCCGCCCGCCCAGCGACCCGUUCUCUGGCGUGCCGUUCGGCGGCGGCGCGCGGCCCGUGCCGGACGCCGCGCUCAAGGCGCGCAUCGACCACUUUCUGUUCGAGCACGCCGGCGCGGCACCGGAGCUGGCCGCAGUCGGCCGCACCGUGGGCCGCGCCAAACGGCCGGCGUCCCCGACACCACCAACUGCGCCGCCGGCGCAGCGGGCCGCCUACGACCCGCGGGCGGCGCACCCCGGCCCCGGCAGUGACAGAGCGGCUGGCGGGACCUCGGCCGGGGACCUGGACACUGCCCUGCGGUCGGCCCUCAGUGGACUCAAGUCGUUCCAGCCGCGGCCGGCGGCUCCGACGGCGCCCGUGUGCGGCUGCGGCGCCGAGCGCAACCUGUACUCUCUUCCCUGUACGCACGCCGCCUGUCGCGCCUGCCUGCUCCGCCUGCCCAAGGCGGCAGAGUGCGGCACCUGCCGCAAAACGUUCCAGAAGGCAGACGCCGUCAGGUUACACACCUAGAAGGUAAUAGGGGGAUUCAUAUUCAAUGGUUGUGAUCUAUUGCUUCCACUCAUCAAAUCUUGCUUGUUUUGUAUAAUUGUACGUGGCCGGCAGUAUCACUGACACUCAGUCAGUUGACCAAUAAAUAUUGAUGAAGUUGAG